GCCUCUAUUAUAUACACUAGAAUUCAAUUGAGCCUCGAGCCUCUGUUAUAUACACUAGAAUUCAAUUGAGCCUCGAGCCUCUGUUAGAUACACUUGAAUUCAAAUGAGCCUCGAGCCUGUAUUAUAUACACUUGAAUUCAAUUGAGCCUCGAACCUCUAUUAUAUACACUAGAAUUCAAUUGAGCCUCGAGCCUCUAUUAUAUACACUAGAAUUCAAUUGAGCCUCGAGUCUCUGUUAUAUACACUAGAAUUCAGUUGAGCCUCGAGCCUCUAUUAUAUACACUAGAAUUCAGUUGAGCCUCGAGCCUCUAUUAUACAUGAUUUCUGUUUCGACAGAUUAAGCAGAAGCUGGUAUUAAUGAAAAUGUUCCUGGCUGCUGGUGAUUCUAGGGUUAGUUUUAAAGAGUGUAUCAAACAUUAUUUAACCUUCCAAAAUAUACUUCAUCAUCAUCAUCAUCAUCAUAAUAAUAAUAAUUUAUGAACUUGAGCCAGUAUUAAUGUCAGAUCUUUGACUGAUAGGAACGUCCAUAUGUAUGCAUUGGAGGGUGGUUAGCGAAUGUGAUAUGCAGUACUGUAUCUGGCAAAUGUAACACGGUAACAUAUUUUUUAGUUCAUAGAUUAAAAUAAAAGUCAAAUAUUUCCCAUGCCGUCAUGAAUAUGCUGUUACUGCCUUGUUAUCAAACACAUCGGGCGGCUGGCCCUUCAAGCAAAUGAAUGACUGUAAACUGCCCAGUCCAGCUUACUGGAAUUCUGUCCGAGUGCCGUUGGAAAGGUCUGUAAGAGACGGAGAGUCUAGAAUGACUUACACGUACAGCAAGUACCCAGCUGAGCGUACCUGCCACCCUACAGUGAAAUAUCCACAGAGAGAGAGCCAGCGCUGGACAAGCCCAGGGAUCGUGAAACAUGCCCCAGCACAGAGAGAUCCAGCGCUGGACAAGCCCAGGGAAAGCGAAACAUACAAGCAGGAAUAUCCAACAGGGCUGUGGGACUUGCCCUUGCAUGUUUGUGUAGGGAACGUGUUCAGGCAUGUAGCAGCGUGUGAGUCACACUGCACUCCCUGCAGAGCAGGUUCCUCCCAGCAGGGUGUAUAACCCUGCCAUUGGUUUAGAGAUGUUUAAAGGCUGAGCAGCCCGGACACUGAUUCACUGAGCAGUGCUCUGAUAGACUCCUGAGUCUGACUCCUCACACAGGGAUCACUGCAAGGAAACGCUGUGAGGAUGGUAAAGUGUGACACCAUGGCUCCUCAGAACAGAAUCCUGACGCCCUCCUUCAACACUUCGGUGUGCCGCUCCCUGUUCGGGCCGGUAGACCGGGAGCAGCUGCGAGCCGAGUUCCAGGAGAGCAUGCGCAAGACCCUGGAGGAGGCAACACACAAGUGGAGCUUCGACUUUGUGAACGAGAGCCCCCUGGAGGGGGGAGACUUCCAGUGGGAGGGGGUCCCGGGGGGCAAGGUACCCGUGCUGUACCACCCCUGCGUGGUGAGGGCUAGCAGGCAGGGGGCACUGUGCACAAAGGAAAGGGAAAGCAGAAGGAAGCAGACCAGCAUUACAGAUUUCUACCAGUCGAAGAGGAGGCGGGUACAGUCUGCCCGGAAGUUGGAGCAGUGAAGCUGGAGUGGAGCUCACGGCUCUCACUCUGAGGUCCCACAAGCACUUUGCUCUCGUCGUGCCUGCCCUCAGGAACAGCUGGACAUCGCGGUGCUGCGAAAGACUCGCUCUGCCAACAUUUUAUUUAUCAAGCUCCUUACAAACCUCCAAAGAGCCUUGUCUCGCAAGGAUCUUCAUUUAAAGUAGCAAAGGACUGUCUUCUCCCUUCCCUCUUCUUCACUGUAAGCUGUGCAAGCCUGGCUGUAGCGAGCAUUCCAAUAGAACCGCGGUGGCACUCCAUUGGAAUUCAUUCUGAUUCUAUGUGCUGUGUGAGAACCACUACACCAGAGCCACUCUGGCGAACUCCCCUUAGUGGAUAUAUUGCAAACUGGGCACAAGCAUGACCCCUUCUAAGGUUGUAAGCAUGUUUGAAAUGACUUUGUGAACUCAGGAAAUGGGCUGCCAUCUCGGUGACAGUUACAUCCGCGGUCCAAAUUAAAGAAGGCGGCUAGUAAAAUAAAAUUUGUUCAAACUACAUUUUUUUUAUUUAACAAAUUCUUGCUUGCAAAACAGGUAUUUUGUCAAGAUACGAUUCAGUAUUUUAAGCAUUAUGCAUUAUGAGAACAGGCUAAUGUAAUGGAAGUUAUUAUAUAUAUAUAUAUAUAUAUAUAUAUAUAUAUAUAUAUAUAUAUAUAUAUAUAUAUAUAUAUAUAUAUAUAUAUAUAUAUAUAUAUGUAGUUAUUUUUUAUUGUAUAAUAUUUUAUUAUGUUCUCAGCACAGAAAAAUUCGAUCUGUUGCUGCUUUAACAUGGGGCUUCCUGCAAGCACACACACGCAGACGCAUGCAGACAUAUUAGUAUCAUAUGAAUAUUAAGUAGCAUGUAAUGUUGCUGACAGCCUCCUCAUGUGUUACAGUGCCUGUAGAUAAUGUUGCUUGUGUUUCAUAUCUGCUUGAUUAAAUCUUUGCAUUGUUUAAAACUGUUUGGGAAGGUUGGGAAGUUCACUGGGUUUGAGCACAGCUCUGAAAAGUUAUUAAACAAAUCACAACCAUUAGGUAUCCAGUUCAGGUCAAAGUUGGGCUUGAUGCUAUAAUGUUAGGGUCAGGGGUAUAUUGAUGGUACAGUGUUAGGGUCAGGGGUAUAUUGAUGGUAUAAUGUUAGGGUCAGGGGUACUGGGUUAGCAGUAUGGUUAUACAAAACUUCUUAAUGGGAAAAGAUUCAGCCCUGUUUAAAUGAGCCACAGAAAACAGAAGUUAACAAUCUUUUAGCAUGUCUGUUUUUUUAGUACAGGCCCUUGUUGUGGCAGAAAAGAAAGCAAGCAGGGUCUCUGUUAAUUCUUUCAGUUUAGCUUUCUGUUCCCCUGCUUGUUUAAGCUCAAUGAUGUUUCUUGACAGCUCUUGUUUCACAAGCCACUUACACUUCUGUAAAUAAUAAAUUGUGGUGUAUAAAAAAAAGUCUGUUGAGACUUUUACUGAAGUUAAUAAAGUCAUUAUUUAUUGUAAAACAUAAUAUUGUGUUUUUGUUGUUACGUUUAUGAAAAAUAAAUUAAUUCUUCUUGUUUAA